GCCGCCGCACAGCAGGUAUCAGACGAGGAUUUGUUCUGCGGUACCGGAGCUGUCGGCUCUGCCUGGCAGGAAAAAUGUCAGACGGUUUCUCCUUAUCCGACGCCUUGUCUACCAGCAACAACCCGACCCCCUCUGCCCCCCCACCCCAAGGCUGGCCCUCCUGGGGGAACCAGCCACCGGUUCCUGGGGGGUUCCCGGCAUACCCCGGCCCUCCGGGAACCUAUCCUGGCUCACCAGCAGCACCGGGGACCUAUCCUGGAGCACCGGGAGCAUAUCCUGGAGCACCAGGGCCAUAUCCUGGAGCACCGGGGCCAUAUCCAGGAGGACCAGCGGGACAGGGACCGUAUCCGGGAGCACCUGGAGCAUUCCCUGGAGCGCCAGCAGGACCAGGGCCGUAUCCUGCCCCAGGACAACCGCCCAGUGGCCCUGGAUUUGGGCUCCCUUCUCCACAGGGGGGGCCGGCUCCUCCGAUGAAAGUCCCCUUCGAGCUGUCCCUGCAGGCAGGACUUGUCCCUCGGAUGCUCAUAACCAUCACGGGGACCGUCAACCCCAACCCAAACAGGUUUUCACUGGAUUUCAAGAAAGGGAAUGACAUCGCCUUCCACUUUAAUCCCCGCUUCAAGGAAGACAACAGAAAAGUCAUCGUCUGUAAUUCCAUGUUCCAGAAUAACUGGGGAAAGGAGGACAGGACAGCUCCUAGGUUUCCAUUUGAAGCUGGAAAACCCUUCAAGCUCCAGAUCCUUUGCGAGAUGGAUCACUUCAAGGUAGCGGUCGACGAUGCUCACUUGCUGCAGUACAGCUUCCGUGAGAAGAAGCUGAAUGAGAUCACCAAGCUCUGCAUUGCUGGGGACAUCACCCUCACCAGCGUCAUGCCGACCAUGAUAUAACUACAGUGGUGUAAUUUUAAUGCAAACUUAGUGCUCUUAAUAUGGCGGUAACAGAAGUGCCUUCUUACGUAAAUACUUUGAGGUAAUAAAACAUACUUUCACAAGUAAAA